CCCCCCCCCCCCCCCCCCCCCUUCCCCGCCCCGGUCGCUCCGGCCGCCGGGGCCUCCCCUCCUCCCCGCCCGCCCAUGGAUUUCACAUAGCAGCCGCCGCCUCCGUCGCCUCCUCCUCCUCCUCCUCCUCCUCCGCCGCUCCAUGGCGGCCCCGGCUCCGCGGCCGCCCGGCCUGUGCUGCUGCCGCAAAGGGUCCGCGGCCGGGCCGGAGGCGCCGCCGGCCCCGCCGCCGCCUCCCGAGCCGCCGCCGGACGUCGCUUCGGCCUCCAGCUCGCAGCUCUUCAGCCUCCGCCACCUGCACCUGGGGCUGGAGCUGCGGCCCGAGGCGCGGGCGCUGGCGGGCUGCCUGGUGCUGGAGCUCUGCGCCCUGCGGCCGCAGCCCCGCGCCCUGGUGCUGGACGUUCACCCGGCCCUGCGCGUCCUCUCGGCCGCUUACCGCCGGGCCGCGGCGGGGGAAGCGCCCUGCUCCUUCGCCUUCUCGCCUGCCGAGCCGGCCGCCCCGGCCCCGCUGCCCCCGCCGCCCUGCCCGUCGCCGCCGCCGCCGCCGCCCUGCGCGCCGCCCUGCGCUGCCAGCCCGCCCGCCACCGCCACCUUCCUCUCGGCGCCCUGCAUCGCCGCCGGCCCGCUGCCCGCCGCCCCCCCGCCGGAGCCGCCCGCCAGCCCCCCGCCCGCCGCCGCCGCCGCCUCCGAGCCGCCGCCGCCGCUGCCCCUCUUCGCUCAGCCGCCCUGCGCCGCCUGCCCGCUCGGUUUCCGGGUGGAUCCCUUCACCGACUACGGCUCGUCCCUCACCGUCUCCCUGCCCGCCGCCCUCCAGCCGCACCAGCCCUUCCAGAUCAUCGUCCGCUACACCACGGCCGACGGCCCCGCCAUCUGGUGGCUGGAUCCCGAACUGACGUAUGGCAAUGCCAAGCCAUUUGUCUUCACGCAGGGCCACUCAGUGUGUAACCGGUCCUUCUUCCCCUGCUUUGACACACCAGCAGUGAAAUGUACCUAUUCAGCUACUGUCAAGGCUCCAGCAGGCAUACAGGUGUUGAUGAGUGCCACCCAAAGUAGCUACUUAGAAGAGGAAGGUGUAUAUCAAUUCUACAUGGAGUAUCCAGUUCCUGCCUACCUAGUGGCCCUGGUGGCAGGAGACCUUAUACAUGCAGACAUAGGUCCAAGGAGCAGAGUGUGGGCAGAGCCUUGCCUGCUGCCAACAGCCAUCAGCAAGCUUUCUGGCAUUGUUGAACACUGGUUGACAGCUGCAGAGAGUCUGUAUGGCCCAUAUAUAUGGGGAAGAUAUGACAUUGUUUUUCUUCCUCCAUCCUUCCCUAUUGUUGCCAUGGAAAACCCAUGCCUGACCUUCAUUAUCUCUUCCAUUCUGGAGAGCGAUGAGUUUUUGAUCAUUGACGUCAUUCAUGAAGUUGCCCACAGCUGGUUUGGAAAUGCAGUCACCAAUGCUACAUGGGAGGAGAUGUGGCUGAGCGAGGGGCUAGCCACGUAUGCACAGCGCCGGAUCACCACUGAGACCUAUGGAGCUGCCUUCACAUGUUUGGAAACUGCAUUCCGCCUUGAUGCUCUCCACAGACAGAUGAAGCUCCUUGGAGAAGACAACCCGGUCAGCAAGCUUCAGGUUAAACUGGAGCCAGGUGUAAAUCCUAGCAAUUUAAUGAACCUCUUCACCUAUGAGAAAGGCUACUGCUUUGUUUACUACCUGUCCCAGCUCUGUGGUGACCCAAGACACUUUGACUCCUUCCUAAGAGCCUACAUUGAGAAGUACAAAUUUACCAGUGUUGUGGCUCAAGAUCUUCUGGAUUCCUUCCUGAGUUUUUUUCCAGAGCUGAAAGAGCAAUGUGUCGAGAGCAAAGCAGGACUGGAGUUUGAACGUUGGCUCAAUGCUACAGGACCUCCGUUAGCUGAGCCAGACUUAUCUCAGGGAUCCAGUCUGACCAGACCAGUGGAGACGCUCUUCAAACUCUGGACCACAGAGCCUCUGGACUCUGUUGCUGCUGCCAGCAGUGCUGACCUCACUAAAUGGAGAACGUUCCAAACUGUGCUUUUCUUGGACAGGUUGCUGGAUGGGUCACCACUGCCGCAUGAGGUGAUAAAAAAGCUUUCGGAAUGUUACUCCUCUCAGUUGGACUCCAUGAAUGCAGAAGUCCGUAUCCGCUGGUUGCAGAUUGUAGUCCGAAAUGACUAUUAUCCAGACCUUUACAAAGUCCGUCGCUUCUUGGAAAACCAGAUGUCUCGGAUGUAUACAAUUCCACUUUAUGAGGACCUUUGCACUGGCACCCUCAAGUCUUUUGCCUUAGAAAUUUUUUACCAGACCCAAAACCAGCUGCACCCCAAUUUGCGGAAAACCAUCCAACAAAUCUUAUCACAGGGCUUGAAUCCACUUCCUGCCAUAGACACUACAGCAGUCACUACAGACACACCAGCAAUGGUGCUUGAGGACAAAGUCUCAGAGGCCACAAAUGGUGCCAUUUCACUCAGGGAUGUUAAUGUGUCUGCUUAGAUCACCAGCUCAUGCCAGCCAUGAAGCCUGAAAAUGGGGACAGGAACAGAGGAAAGAUACCACGUGUCGCCUCCUUUCUCUCAGCCCCUACAGCUGCAAUGUGUUGUUGUAACUGGAUUUCUCUCCCAAAACAAAAAGCAAAUUGUGCCUUCAAGUAUCCAGCGUGUGACACUACCAGGUUUCAGAGAUCUCCUUCAGCUGUGGGAUGGAUAUUUUGGUUCAGUUUAUACUGGGCAGGGACUCCUGGGCAGUUACUUCUCCAUGAAAAGUGGAUAGUUCCCUUUCCUGAGGCUCUUCUGGACGGUUUCUCCAAGUUUGUUGGUUGGUGGUUUCGUUGUUUUUUGGUUUUGUUUUUUUUUUUUUUCUUUUUUGUCUGAGGCCACUGACACAUGUCUGACUUGCUGUGCAUAUGUUGCUGGGGAGUGUAUAUGUGUCAAACUGCCAUUAUCCUGAUAUUGGGGCUGAAGUUCUGCAAAGAGGCGGCUUGGGAUUUGUCAGUGGCAGCAAACAUGUUUUCAUGUUAUGCUCCUUACUGUGACAGAGGUAUUGUGAUUUGGGAAGUAGGGGACUAAUGCUUAAAUAAUUAAGAAACUAAUCUUAAAAAGCUCUUGUUCCCCCCUGCCCCCAGGUGGCUAAAUAAUAAUAAUGCUUUUUAUAUACUUAUAUAUAAGUAUAUAUAUAAAAGAACAAUGAAACCUUAUGAUGGAUUUGAAAUCCUUCUGUAGUCAACCCUGCCCUCAGUUUUCCCUUUGCACUCAAUGGGACAAGCAAUAAAGAAAUGUGUAGGCUUGAAUUUUCAAAAAAGUUAAAUUUAGGUGCCCAAAUGCCAUCAGUUCUGGUACUAGCUGGAUGCCUGAAUUUUUUUAACUGUUUUGAUAAGUCUAGCUGCAACCUCUGUUAGUGUGUUAGGAUGUGUAGCAUGUGUGUUUGUCAGAUGCACUGUGAGUCUUCUGUCCUUUUGGAGGAAUUAACAGGACCUUUAAUUUAAUUUUUUUUUAAAGAUCCCUAGCAUAUGUUAGGCCUGUAAGCCAACCAUGGAGAUAUCCAUGCUAAAAUUUUACCACCUUGAAUAAUGUUUGCCUGAAUAACAGUUGCUCUGUGAGGAGGGAUGCACCCUCUUUCUUGAUGUGAAACUUUUAAGCCCCACUUCACCUGAGUCUGUUUUCUGACUUACGGUGGUGGUAAGAUGCCAUUUCCUUAACACAGCAUGCUACUUCUCUUGAUCACUGGCCAGGCAUGCGAGAUGGGGACAAUCUCUUCUGUCUGUGCCGUUUGGUCUCAGGAAGCCGAGGGCAAAGCAUCGUUGGGUAUUACAGAGUACAGGUGAUGGUUCUUAGACUCUGUGCCACAUUCUUUUUAACCUUUGGGUACCUGUGUGCCUGUUGGUGAGCUCCCACAAAACAUCUUUGAACUGAUGUAUCACCAGGAUAGAGGACUUUUUUGAAUAAAAGGCAAAACAUUUGGAUGAGGCUCAGCUAAAGGAGAUAAAAGAAACUUACAGACUUCAGGGCAAAUUUUAGCCCUGCUAUGGGGAUCUAUGUAGCACAGCAAGAGGGGAAAUUUGGGAGAUUUUUUUUUUUUUUUUUUCACCAAAAGUAUCUGUUUACACCCAUGUGUGGAUGGGGACUUAGGUGCUGUUACUGGAUCUGCAUUUUCUGGCUUUAAAUUCAUUUGGACUUCACCAUAGCCUUAGCCUGGGCUGAACUGGGAUAAAGCAAUAAUAAACUCAGGCCUCUGUAGUGCUUCACUAGUUUUCAAAAUGGGCUAUCAGCAUUGUCGGGCUUCAGAACUCCAAGCUCUGCUCUUUGCUCCUUGAAUAGGAUUAUCUUUUUUGUUCUCGUUUGGUUUCCCAGAAAGGAUGGAGAAUGAUGUUUUCUGUACAAAUCUCUUUUCUUUUUAUUUGUUGCUCUAUUGAAAGAGAUUUGUGCAAGCUGACUUUCCACUUCCUGAGUUGCCGCUGUUGGUGCUGCGUCUCCUGGACCCCGCUGCCAGCAGCAGCAGUGUGGCCAAGACCAGUAACCACUAGCAUCUUUUGGAAUCCCAGGUCUCUGUUUUAACACGUUUUAUUUUGUGGGAGAAUGUAUGUGUCCCUGGUGGGAAUUUUUAAUUUACAUGGAUGCCUUAUGAUGAUUGUCAAAUUAAACUAAGCUUUGUGACAA